GUUUGUUUUGGUUUGUAGUGGGUGGUUUUUGAGGAUGUUGUUGCUCCGAAACAUCGAAGAAGUAAGCUAAAAAUGCCCAAUUUAAAAAGGUUUGCUGGUUCUUCGGUGUUCGGAAGAAUAAAAGAAGGGCAUAGCGUACAUCGACAACAACAACCAAUUCGCCAUAAUCAAUCGCAAACACGCCACGCGCUGAUCGAUCUGCGAAGAAAGGCCAUCCCGGUCGAUCGGCAGCGUCAGGUGUUGUACGAGUUGGUGGAGAAAUUUGAAAAGUAUCCGCAGGAGAAAGCGUUUGCAAUCGAGGAAGGUGCGAUCGAGCUACUGAGAGAGCUGCAGUAUGCUUCAGAUCCAGCCAUCACGGAACACGCAAAACUUGGACUCGCUCUGUUGGGAUACGUACCACCACUGCCCAGCAAUGGUAUCCGUAUUCUCAGCAUCGACGGUGGCGGCAUACGCGGUAUUAUCGUCAUGGAAUUACUGCGUAAAUUGGAACGGCUGACUAACCGACGGAUCUUUGAUCUGUUCGAUUUGGUAUGUGGCGUUUCGACCGGUGCCAUACUGGUGUGUGCACUUGCUUCGGAGAAAAAUCUCACCUUAACCGAAGGUAUUCAUCUCUACAAGAAGCUGGCGUAUAAUAUCUUCCAUCGACCGUCGACGUUAGAUAAACUAUCCGGUGCGUCGCGCCUUGUUUCUUCCCAUGCCUACUACGACAUUGAGCUAUGGGAAACAUUUCUCAAACGGCAUAUUGGCCAUAGACGCAUCAUUGACACGGUGAUGCUACCAAAUGUGCCCAAGUUUUGCUGCGUCUCGACGACGGUUUGCGAUGAGUACAUCGAUGCGCACGUUUUCCGGAACUACACGUUCCCGCGUAAUGUACAAUCCGUUUAUGCUGGAUGUCACACGGCUCGAUUGUGGGAGGUAGUGCGCGCAUCCUCAGCCGCUCCGGCAUACUUUGGAGAUUUCCCACUAAAUGGCCAGCUGCAUCAGGAUGGUGGCAUUCUGUACAAUAAUCCGACGACCGUGGCUAUACACGAAGCAAAAUGUCUAUGGCCAAACGAGCGCAUUCAAUGCGUAGUAUCCUUCGGAACAGGGCGUACCCGCAAUAAGUCAUACGAUGGUCAAAAGAUCAUCAGUAAAGGGAUCCUGGACCAGGCAUCCUUAUCGAGUUCGUGGAAAACGAAAUUCCUUCGCAUUCUGGAUUCGGCUACUGACACCGAAGCAACGCAUACGGUUCUGAGUGAUUUACUGCCACCUGGGCGAUACUUUCGUUUCAACCCGUACCUCACUGAGUUUUUGUCAAUGGUGGAGGUACGCCCGGAAAAGAUUUCUCAGCUAGAACAUGAUACGGCCAAGUAUUAUGCAAGAAACGAGGACAAGUUUGAGCAAGUGGCCGAUUUGCUUACACAAAAUCGUUCGAUCGUACGCAAGGCUUACGAUAUCAUGCGUAACGUUCUGUAUCGAUGAUCAUUGGACACCAUCGUUGAUCAAGCGGAGGUUCAAAGAGAUAUUCCAAAGAGUUUCACGCGUUAGUAUUACCACCAUUACGAGGUUCUGAUCAAUCGUGCAUUGAUCAAUUCGAUUGCAGUUAGUCAAAGAAGCAUAGCUUUUUAAUUACCCUCAUCGUUUGUCCACCUCGUUGUCUCCGUUUUUGUGUGGAUUGAUUUCCUAUUUCUGAUAUGCUUCUACAUCUCACCCAAAUACCUCACUACGGGUAAUCGUCUAUGUUAAUAUUCGAGUGAGAUUUCGUUUUACUUUGAAAAAUCAUGUUUGACAAAGUUGAUAAAAAUAUUAAGAGUUAAUAGAACUAGAAAGGGCCAUAACUUAGGCAGUUGUGUUUGUGAACUCAUUUAAGUCGUGAGAUUGAUUGAUGAUAUUUUAGCCAUUAAAUAGAAGUAUAAAGAACUAUAAC